ACGCUCUUGACAGUUGCUCUUUGGUUUUCGCGUAGUCCACUCGGUUUUCGUGGGAGGUACCUCCGAUUUUUGGUAGCCAGCAGCGCUACGGUUGAACUGUUGGCAUUAUUGAAACGAUUAUUCGGCCAAAAACACCUAAUUGAGGCGACCGAGCGACCGGGAGAAGUGUUUGAUUUACGCGGCAUUUCGUGUACCGUCAGCACUCUAAAAAAGGAAGAAUAAAAUUUUUAAACUGAGGAAAAGAAACAGCGGCUUUCAAAAUGGUUAACAUUGUGGACAGCGGCUCCAAACAUGCGCCCCAGGAAAUGGAGCAAUUCCUGCCCGGCGAAGGAAAAGUCAUGUACAAAAUCCAACCCCGCAAGUCGGAUAACGAGCAGGCCUUGGCUGGAAAUGACUUCGAUCCGUUUGCCCUGCGAGACAACGAGCAUCCCACAACUGAUGGUGAAACUCUCACGCAUUUGCUUAAGGCAUCUUUGGGCACUGGCAUCCUGGGAAUGCCGGUGGCUUUCAUGUACUCCGGUCUCGUCAUGGGAAUCUUUGCCACCAUCUUCACCGCCUUCAUUUGCACGCACUGCAGUUACAUUCUGGUCAAAUGCGGUCACAAGCUGUAUUACAGAACACGUCGCACCAAGAUGACCUUUGCCGAGAUCGCUGAGGCUGCCUUCCAGAAGGGACCGAAAUGGGGCCGUGGGUUCGCACCGGUGGCCAAGUUCUCCAUCCUGUUUGGUCUGUUUCUGACCUACUUUGGCACCUGCUCGGUGUACACGGUGAUCGUGGCCACAAACUUUGAGCAGUUAAUAAAUCACUGGACGGGAAGCGAGAUCAGGCUGCGCAUGCUCAUUUGCGUAUUGCUGGUGCCCCUGAUCCUGAUCGCCUGGGUGCCGAAUCUCAAGUACCUGGCGCCCGUCUCGAUGGUGGCCAACGUGUUUAUGGCCCUGGGACUGGGCAUUACCUUUUACUACCUGGUUCAGGACUUGCCAUCAGUUGAAGAACGCCAGCUUGUGACUUGGGGUACACUGCCGAAAUUCUUCUCGAUCACAAUUUUCGCGAUGGAGGCCAUUGGUGUGGUUAUGCCGCUGGAGAACAACAUGAAGACGCCGAAAAGCUUCCUCGGAAUCUGCGGAGUGCUCAGCCAGGGCAUGUCCGGCGUGACUCUCAUCUACAUGCUAUUGGGAUUCCUCGGCUAUCUGCGCUACGGUAAUGAUACCGGGGAGAGCAUAACCUUGAAUCUGCCCACCACGGAAUGGCCCGCCCAGGCGGUAAAGGUACUCAUUUCCCUGGCCGUGUAUUGCACAUUUGGACAGCAGUUCUUUGUGUGCCUGGAGAUCGUGUGGGAUGGGAUCAAGGAUAAAUGCACAAAGCGUCCGCUUAUGGUCAACUAUGUGCUGCGCACAGUGAUGGUGACUGCCGCCGUUUUUUUGGCCGUGGCUGUUCAUACAAUUGCCCCAUUCAUGGGUCUCAUCGGUGCCUUCUGCUUCUCCAUCCUGGGAUUGAUAUUCCCGGUGGUUAUUGAGCUAAUUGUGCAUUGGGAGACUGGUUUCGGUAAAUACAACUGGAUCCUCUAAAAGAACAUCGUCAUCACCUUGUGCGGUAUUGGAGCCUUGAUCUUUGGCUCCCUGGCGGCCAUAAACCAAAUUGUGGAGACCUAUAGUUCAGAAGCGUCUAAAACCCAGAAAAAUUAGGGAGAAAUUACAGAAAAACACAGCUAAGGCGAGCUAGGAGAGGCUCCGCUUCCUAGAAAUCAUCUAACUAUUGUUAGAUGUAAAACUGCGCCCACAUCUUGUACAUUUUGUCUGUUGCUUAGUGUGUCUGUUUUGAGAACCGAUAAGGGAUUUACUAAGCGAGUGCCUACUAUAUUUAGCACACUCUUGAGCACCACUAUGCCGUUUUAGCACGUUUUAGUACACUUGCAUUAUAUAAAGUAGAGAGUAAGCUAGUUGAUGGCCGCUUAAAAUACUUUUAGAACAGACCUAAAUGAUUCAAGCGGCAUUCAAACUGGAACUGUACUAAGUGCACUUCAUACGUUUCGUAUUGAUUUUAGUACGAUUUAGUACAGAGCUAAAAAAAAAUUAUGUAGCACCCGGAAAAACUAGCUGCACUCCCCUAUCCACCUCUCUGUUCUAAAAGAGUAUUACUAAAAGCAAAAAAACCAAAUUGAAAUCUUCUUCUCAUACCUUUUUCCCCACUUUUACUUUGUUCCGUAGCAAAUGAUUUGCCCACAUUAUUUAACUUUUUAGCAUGUUAAGUUAGUAAGCGUAAAAUGGAUUGUGAAGAUGAUUGCAAUCAAAUCAGUUCCAAAUAUGAUGAGCUAAAAUUACUCAAAGAAUACCAUUUUUAUACGAAAUCUAGCCGAGUAAUAAGUUGAAUUGAAUUGCCCAGAUAUUCAUUAUAUGUAAACAUAUUUUUUUGUUGCAUACAUAUUUUUGUAUUUUAAUUAUAGCUAUAAAGAAAAAAUACUUAGCAAAACUAUAAAGUAAAUAAAACAAGAAACAC